AGGUUGGGUUUUGUUCACUUUGCAAUGGAUACGUAAACUACGCAUGAAGUUCGUCUGAUUACGAGGAAUUCAAAAUGGCUAUGCAAUUCACCGGCCUACAGGUGGUAUCAUGGAUACUUCUUCUGGUCGGCACUGGAAUGCUGGUCAUCGCGUUGAUCUCCGACUAUUGGUCCAUUCAUCAACCUCGCAACCAAAUGGACAAUCUUCAAAUGCACCGCGGAGUCCUGCGUCAAUGCAUCACUACGCGACAAUAUGGCAGUUGUAAUUUCCGUCUGUCAAGCAUGUUCAAACAGCUGCGCAAUUUCAUGGAUGGAUACGACAUGUACUCGGAAAGAUCCAUGUAUCGACACUUACCUACACAAACAUAUGAAGUCUUUGUCGCGCUCUUUCUUGCCAUUUCCUGUAUGAUUGCAUCUACCGUACUCCUAUUUGGUCCGUUUUGCUGCCAACGUUGCAAGCCGUCCACUACGCUGCUUAUUUUUAUCACUGGAGUGUUCUCUGGAUCUGGAUGUUUAAUCUAUUGGAAUGCAAAUCGCGAAGGCAAAACGUUCACGUUACAGCAACUCCAAUUCCAGGAUGUAUACCAUUAUGACUACGGAAGUGACAUGAAUAUCUUAUCUUGGUCGUUUUGGAUGGCUGUCGUCAGCACCGGCAUACUUCUGUGCUCCGCAUUCCUGCUCUGUAUGCUUUAACUUUUUGUCAUAAGUAUCAAAUAAUUUUGAUGUGUUCCAGGUGUUUCCUCUCGUGUGGACCCGGAUGUCGAAUAUGAAAACCCGCCAGUAACUGAAGUUUAAAAAAAUUAUCAACAGGGCAAAAUGCUUUUUAUUCAAGUAAUAAUAAUAAUAAAACAAUCCAAUAAACCUGUUUAAGUGAA